ACAAGCCGCCCGCCCGAACUAGAGAACGACUGCGCCGAUAUAAGCUGUAGUGGCGAAUUGCUUGUAGGCAUGCGCAGAAAUAACUCAUGAUUGUUUCCAGUCAUCAGGUUAAAGUGCAACAUUUAUCGUUUCCUUGGAGAUGAUUGGCAAGACAAACAUCGCUUUUUCCGCUUACAGUCACCGUCGCAGAUGAAACAGGUUCCGGCUUGUUGGGAUUGAUUUCCAUGACAACCGUCAUGGCAACGAGGAAGGUCAAUGUGUCGUGUGUUGUCAGGUUCUCGUUUCUUCUCCUUGGAGCAUUCCUUUUGGUUAAAUGGUUACAAACAAAGAGUCUUUAUUCUAAGCAGCUGGAAGAGAUGAAUUCGAAGGAGCAAGUGGCGCAUUCUGUUAAAGCAAGCAAUCAAAUUGAAUCGGUAGCGAAAAGCUCUUCUCUGCCUUGUACACUUGGCCACGAUGGUCGACAUGAUGGUGUUAUCUUGUUAACCACAACGAAUGCCGGAUUCCAAGACAUGACGACAAACAUGCUGGAAAGCAUCAGAAGGGUCCGGAUCUGUCCUAACAUCACCAUAAUCGCCGAAGACGAACAGUCUUACAAAUAUCUGACUGACAAAGUUGCCUCCCCUGGAGUCCACAUUCAGAAAACGGAUUCAGGGGUGAUGACUUCAGACCGACUGAGGGUUUAUGGAAGGGUGUACAUUCAAUUUGUCAAGAAACGUGCACGUUACAUACUGAACUUUCUCAAUAAGGGUUACGAUGUGCUCUUUACUGAUGUCGACACUUUCUGGUUUCAAGAUCCCUUUCCGGAUUUCCGAGGCAACUUUGAUAUUGCCAUGAGACAGGAGGCUCCGCCAUCAAGUCUUACUCCCGUGUUCUGUAAUGGCUUUGGUUACUAUCGAGCAACAGAAAACACACUGGCUGUGGUUAGGGAGUGGGUACGUUUGAUGAGCACCACACAUAAGAAAACGAUGGAUAAGGAUGUUUUGAACCUUGUGAUAAAGAACAGAAAACCGGCAGUGAGAAUGAAGUCACUGGACUCCGUUAAGUAUCCAGACGGUCGCGUGUUCCGUGAUAAAGGCUGGGUGAAGAAACGGGCAAACACAACAGUUGUGCUACAUUUAAGCAGCGUUUUUGGACACAACAGUAAACUGAAGAAAUUAAAGGAUAAUGGAUUGUGGCUAAUAUAAAAGGCGAUGGUUCUGUUAAUUCAAAAGGUUUUCUGGGUGGUUUAGUAAGAAAAAGAUUUGAACUUUCCAAAAAAUACAAGGCAAACCCCUUGCGAAAUUUUGCAUUUGAACUGAGUUCUUUUUUCCUAAUAUGUGUGGCUACAAAGGUGGAAGAAUGCUUAUUUUGAUUAAAAAGGUAUUACUGGGCGCUAUAGAGAAAAUCUGAAUUUCCACCUAAUUUCAAUAAAAAUGCAAGGCCAACCCCUUGCUAAAUCAUUCGAAUAUAGCUCUUUUUCUCUUUCUUUUCAAUCGUCAAAAUUAGGGUUACAAAUGUCCAAGUAAUGCUUACUUUUCUUCAGAGGGUAUUACAUUCUUCUGGGUGGUUUUGAGAAAACUAAAUUUUGACAUAAUUUUAAUUUAAAUGCAAAGCUAACCUUUUGCAGUAUUCUUGAAUUUGAACUCAAUUUUUCCCCCAAUAAAUCUUAUAAAUAAUAUGUGGCUACAAAGGUGGAAGAACUUAUUUUGAUUCAGAAGGUAUUUCUGGGCACUUUCGACAAAAUCUAGAUUUCCAUCUAAUUACUAUAAAAUGCUAGGCUAAUCCCUUGCUAAAUUAUUCAAUGUUAGCUCUUUAAUCUUUCUAAUCAAUCUUCAAAAAAUGGGGCUAUAAGGGCAGAAAGAUGCUUAUUUUGUUUUGUGGGGGUAUUUUAGGGCAGUUUAGAGAAAUCCAAAUUUUCACUCAAUUUGAAUAAAAAUAUAACCUAAAUAUAAUAUAGCCUAACCCCUUGCAAAUUUCUGGAUUUCUAACUUGAUUUCAUUUGCCAAUAAAUCUUCAAAACAAGUGGAUGAAUUAGGUGGAGAAAUGCUUAUUUUGCAUCAGAAGGUAUUUUGGGAGUGCUUUAGAGAAAAGUCCAAAUUUUCACCCAUUUCUAUUGAAAAUGCAAGACUAACCCCUUGCAAAAUUCUUGAAUUUUUAUCUCAAUUUCUUUUUUCCACGAGUCCUCAAAUAUGUGGCUAAAAAGGUGGAAAGAAGUUUAUUUUGCUUCGGAGGCAGGGUAUUUUGGGGUGGUUUACAGAAGAUACACAUUUUCAUCCAAUUUUAAUAAAAUGCAAGGCAACCCCUUAUAAAAUAAUUUAUCCAUUUUUUCAAUAAAUAUUCAACAUCAGGGUCUAACAAGUAUUGAAUACUGCUAAUCAUAAUUACAAAGUCAUUUCUAGCUGUUUAUAAAUUAAGGUCAAAUCCAAGAUGUUUACCUUGCAGUUUUCAUUUUAACUGAUUUAUUUCAAUAAAUGUACAAAAUCUUGUACUAUAAAGUACCUGUGAUUGCUUGUGUUUCUCAAGAAGGCAUUUCUGGGUCAUUUGUAGAAUUGUCAAUUCUUAUAAAAAUGCAAAGUGAAGCCCUUAGAAUUUGAUGGAACGUUUGUUCUUUGUUUGAUUCAUGUUUAAAUAUUUGGACAUUUAUCAAGAUAUUAGACAAGGCUUAUUUUACUUCAGAUGACUGUUGGGAUGUUUGGAGUAAAUUAAAUCUGACCCAAACCACAAUUCAAUUGAAAUAAGUGAGAAUGAGUUUUUUGUCAAGCCAGAUGUAUCCUGUAAGACAGAAUGAUUGGUUCCUUUUUAAUCUGAUCUAUACAAGUGAAAUACAGGCACCAUUUCAAUGAGGUACAAUAACCAAGAAUGAAUUCUGCUUACUCUAACUGCUUACUUCCCUGUGUCACUAGGGGUUGGAAUGGCACAUCUACACAGAAAUCCGCUUUGUUUUUAACACUAACAGGUACGCUCAUUAACAAUGUAAUACCCAAUGGCACUGUCAUAUAUACAUGUACACCAAUAUGCCGUCUACACUAUGGCAUACAUGUACUUUCUUUAACCUUUUUCACUUCAAACCAUUAUUUGCAUGGAUAUCACGAGGAAAAAGAUGGGCACUGGCCUCCAUUCCACUCCACACACCCCCCCGGAAAAAUAUAAAGGGAGAGUAAAACAAAAAGAAUGAGCAUCCCUUCCCCCAGAAAAAUGGAAAGGGGAUUUUUAAAAUGCCAAAAUGCUUGAAAAUACAUUGUAGCUAAUUCCCUUCCAUUGUUAGAGGAUGCUUUGCCCACCCCCCAAAACAGUCAUGCCCCCUAGAAAACUUCCUGGCAACGCCCAUAGUUUUCACAAACUUUGUCGUCAUGAAAGCUUCCAAAUUUCUCCACUUCAUACUCUUCUUUUCUCAAUUAUUUUGGGUAACUGAUUGUACAAUGGACCACUUUUCUACAACAUGUGAGGUAGAACAUUCUACAUUCUGAAUAUAGAGACAUUAUUGACUUCAGUGGCUGAUACAAAAGUGGAAGAUUGGUGUAAAACUCACUCAUAAAAUCUGAACUUACAAAGUUUACAAGUGCAAAAUAGGUAAGGUAACAGUGAGGGAUUUCAUUGAUACAAAAACACAAACAUUUCUCUGUUUUAAAUCAGUAAUAUCAAAAUUUGCUCUUCAAUGAGAUACAAUGAUUACAGAGUAAAUACAAUUUGAAAAACUUGUCAUGAGUUGAUUUUCUACACAAGGUAAUGACAAGUCCAAUAAUUUGGUUUGUAAAAGGCUACACUACCAUGACCAACUUCCGAAAUUUGAUACAAAAAUCUACAAGAAUAAAAGUGAAUAGGAAUGACCAAAACCCUUGCAGCUGUGGUUUGUAUUGACUACAUUUCAUAAAAAUCUAACAAAUCAUGUGCACUUCAUGGAACGCUAGAGGUACAAUGUAUCAGACAAUAGCCUGUGAACAGUACAAUUUCAAUUUCUUCUGACAAGUGGGAAAUUUAUGCUAUCUUGGUCAGAAAAAGGGUGUUAAAGUUAAGAUAUUUCAGUAACUACAUGUACUUAUGUCUUCAAUGUGCAUAGAGAUUUGAAUAUGGUAUCAAGUCUGCAGCAAGGAUUAUUUUCUAUGCGGUGCUCAGUGCUACAGGUGUAAUUCUGGGUGUGGUCUGUUUCAACAAGUUUUGGUGCUGCAUCACAACUUUAGGAGUAAAACAUCCAAAAUACGACGAAUGUCGGUGUGAGUCCCACUGGGUAAACUUGCAUAUUUGUCCCUCACAGCAAUGAUAGAAUGCUUAGAAAUUUACGUCAUGAGGAGGAAACAAAUAAAUUAAAUUAACUUGACCUUAUUUCAAGGAUGGAUUUGCGCCGGGGGAGAUGUAAAUUCAAAUGAAAAGUGGUAACUGGGAUAUCAUUUGGAGGGACAUUAUAAAUGAAAAAAAGUCACAGUAAUACUAUAGAAUAAUAUACAUGUACUGCAGAGAUCAAUACUGUGAACGGGAAUGUUGAUGUACAUGUAAGAUCAAUGCACACCUCUAUUUAUAAAGUUUAAAAAAUGCAAUUUCAGUAUUCUAUAAGGUCCUCAAAACAGCACAUUAACUGAUAAGGCUAUGGCAAGAAUUUACAGAGGAAAUUUGGCAGUGUUGUAGUCGAGACCAUCACAAGACCACGCACAAGAUCAGUCACAAGCAACAGGGUGAACAAUGACAA